GUGGCAGUAUGUUUGCAACUGUUAUCCAUGCCUUCUUCGAGCUGGACGCGAGGAGGACUUCGAGUGGACCCCUGGCAUGAUCGAUGCAAGGCCCGAGGCCCUGCCCUGGCAGUGGCGCGACCGUCGCGCUGAAGGCUCCUUGAGCGUGGGCGCCUGCUCUUCAGAUCUGCCAAAGGAUCCGCCUUCGAAGCAGGAGCCCCUGGUCACCGAGGAGCACGCCGGCGUUGUGCGCCUCCGCCGGGAUGGCCAGCUCGCACCACUCGGGCCAGCAGCCCCGUCGGUUCACCCUCGCUUCGCGGGCAUUGCCACCUUCGCACGGCUUCCACAACUCCACGAGCUGCGGAGCUUCGCUGCAGAGACCUCCGCCACGCUGGAGGUGAGGUCUUCGGCUUCCGGUGCUGCCAGCACGGUGUCGUUGAGCGGCCCCUGGCAUGACGUGGGUUCUUCGACUCUGUCGCUGCGAGUGGCCUGUGAGGAUGGCUGCGUCCACAUCCGAUCAGAUGGUGGUCAGAAGACUUUGGGCCUCUGGGCUCUGCCCUCGGGCCGCUGGCAUCGAAUAGGAGCCGUGGACCUGCGCCUCACUCGCAUGCCGAGAGAGCAGUUCGACAUCGCCUUCCUGGGUGUUCCCUUCGACUCCGGCUGCAGCUUCCGCCCGGGGGCGCGUUUCGGCCCCGAGGCGAUCCGCAGCAACUCGCGGCUCAUCCGGCCCUACAUGAUCACGCAGCAGCAACGCCCGCUGCUGGACAGGCAAGUGGUGGACACAGGCGAUGCGUCCCCCACGCCUUUCAACAUCCAACAGGCCGUGGAGGAGAUCCAUGCAGCUUGCAAGCAGAGGCUCGAGAUGGCGCGGCGCCUCGUCGUCGUGGGGGGUGACCACACCCUCAGUUAUCCAGUUAUCAAAGCGGUGGCCGAGAAGUUUGGUCCCGUGGUGCUGGUGCACUUUGACUCGCACUUGGACACCUUUCCGCCCAUGUACGGUCAGCACGUCUGGCAUGGGGCUCCUUUCCGCAACUGUUGGGAGGAGGGGCUGCUGGCCAAGGACGGCUCCACUCACAUUGGCAUCCGAGCCACGACCUACUCGGCGGAGGAUUUCCACGACUCCGAAGACAUGGGCAUUGCGACGCUGACGGCCGAGGACGUCCACGAGCGUGGCGUUCCGGCCUGUGUCGAGGCGGUUUGGAAUCGCUGGCGGCGGUCUGGCAAUGCGCCGGUCUACCUCUCCGUGGACAUCGACGUCUUGGAUCCCUCCGUGGCUCCCGGGACGGGGACACCGGAGUUUGGCGGCCUUCUGGCACACCAGCUUCUGCAGUUUAUCCGGGGCCUGAAGGGGCUGCCGAUUGUUGGCGCCGAUGUCGUCGAGGUGGCGCCCGCCUACGACCACGCCGGGAUCACGGCCAUGGCCGCCGCCAACCUUCUCUUGGAGCAGAUCGCCCUGAUCAGCAGCUGCAUGGACUCGGACGGCAUGGAGAAAGCCCAAACCGUCUGA